AUGGACGGCGCCGACCCUCUGCUCAAUGAGCUCUGCUCGAUAUGCCACAUCAACCCCCCAAAAUACCGCUGUCCGCGCUGCUCAACACGCACUUGCUCCCUCCCAUGCACACGGCGCCAUAAGCUCUGGUCCCAAUGUUCUGGUGUGCGUGAUCCGGCCGCCUACCUCAAGCGGAGCGAACUCGCUAGCGAAUCCGCGUUUGAUCGCGACUUCAACUUCAUCACCGGCAUUGAACGCACGCUGGAGCGCGCGGAGAGAGAAGUGGAGAACCGGGGAAUCGAGCUUGCGCGGGGACAAGCCAUUUCCAAUGAAGAGGCGGAAGACGCGCAAUCCUCUGGUGCUGGGCACAAGAGGAAACACCCCAACAAGGGCCUUGUCAAGGGCGAAGCUGGGUUCCUGCGCGGCGCAGAAGCCGGCCAUGUGAAGGUUCUUCGAGCGCCAAGGGGAAUGUCCAGAAAUAAGCAGAACAGCUCACGGUGGAACCCCAAAUACAAAUGUCUAAGCUGGACCGUGGAAUGGGUAUCAGCGACUGGGACUAAGACUGUUCGCAAUGCUCUCGAGACUUACCCAAUUUCUGAGGCCUAUGACCGGGCUCUGCCCCGUCCAAAGCAGGAAAGGCUCGGCGCGGAGUCAAAGAAUGAGAAAGAAAUCCCGAAAAGUGAUUCUUCUACAAACCCGAAUCCUACCAACACCGACACUCCAGCAGGUGCAGUCCCUGCGACUACCACUACAGAAUCUCCAGUCUCACAGCUGGCAAUUUUGUCGGACUCCGAGACAGUCGAAGCACCAGCAGGAGUUCCAGAGACAAAAUCAUCAGAGGAAACACCAGAAUUGCCGAUUGGCCCUCACCACGAUAUCUAUUUCUACCUCCACCGCCCCAGGACAACAACCAAAAAACCAGUCCUAGUCCCUCUACCGCCACAGGCAAAGUUAGCCGCCAUCUUGCGAGAGCGCACCGUACUCGAGUUCCCCACGAUAUACGCGCUCCCAGACUCCAAAGAAGCAAUACUCGCGUCGAAAGACACAUCGCCUUUCAUUCUGGAAGAGGAAUAUUUGCGCACAGCCACGCCAGAAGAACUGGGUGAGCAAUCUACAGAUUUAGAGCCAGAGGUAACAGGAGCCGAAGACGAUGAAUCAGGAGUAGGUUUACAGAACGUGGAUGAGAAGAAGGUAAUGGAGGUGCUGAAGCAAGAUCUGUUCGAGACAGUGUCAUAG